AUGGCGGGGGAGGCGGGCGGCGCUGCGCUGGGCCGCGCGGCCGACAAGCUCUUCUCGCUCAGCGGCCUCUUCGCCGUCCGCAAGCCCAAGGGACCCACCUCGGCCGCCGUGCUCAACCUGCUCAAGGAGAGGCUGCUGGCAGAAGCUGGUGUGCAAGCAAAAGGGAACAAAAGAAAACAGGUUUUGAAAAUUGGACAUGGAGGAACUUUGGACAGUGCAGCCACAGGAGUUCUGGUGGUUGGUAUUGGAAAAGGAACAAAAAUGCUGGGGACUAUGUUGGCAGGUUCCAAGAAGUACACUGCCAUUGGGAUGCUGGGCAAGGCUACUGAUACAUUAGAUGCUACAGGAAAAGUAACUGAAGAAAAACCUUAUGACCAGGUAACAAAAGGAGAUCUUGAAAACGUUCUGCAAAAGUUCACAGGGGACAUCAUGCAAGUUCCCCCACUCUAUUCUGCUUUGAAGAAGGAUGGAGAAAGGCUUUCAACUCUGAUGAAGAGAGGGGAGGCAGUGGAAGCAAAGCCUGCUCGGCCAGUGAGAGUAUACAGCCUUUCUCUCCAGCAGUUCCAGCCACCACUGUUCACGCUGGGUAAAGAUGUUGAAUGUGGUGGUGGCUUUUAUGUCAGGAGCCUGGUCAAUGACAUUGGCAAAGAGCUCUCCACCUGUGCCUCGGUGCAGGAGCUGACGCGCACCAAGCAGGGGCCGUUCACGCUGGAGGAACACGCCCUGCACGAAGACAAGUGGACAAUUGAUGAAAUUGCUCAGUCCUUGGAGCACUGCACAGCCCUGCUCCUGGGAGAGCCAGCUCGGAAAAAAUUGAAGACAGAGCAUCCUGGUGAAACUGCUGUGAUCUGUGAGGAUAAGUGAUAAGUUGGAUCAAGGAAAAAGACUGGAUGAUUGAGAUGUUUUAAGAUUGGAUUGGGAUUGUCUCGCCUCCUGUGUAAAUCUACAAGUCUCUGCUGGGAGGAUGACAAACUGCAACACAAGAGAAAUGGCUCUUUUGUUUCCUGGGGUUAGAAUGUGCACUGAAAAUAUUCAGUGCUAAGUGUUUCUUGAUUGUUUACUUUUCUUCUUGCACACUUUAACUGAUGCCAAAUUUUUAUAGACUUUUAAAGAAGCUUCAGGGUGCAAGAUGGCUGCUGUUGAGAAUUCAUCAAUAAAAAAAUUAUAUGCAAUAAUGUCUGAUAAAUGUGUUACAAAAAAUGUUUCCUUUUCUUUGCAGCUGGUACUCAAAUGCUGAAAUACCAUGGUGACAAGUCUCUCAUAGAUUAAAGGACCCAAGAAUGUGGUUGGCAAUUUGCUUUCUUGAAAUUCCUUUCAGGAUACAUCCAUUUUACCAGAGUUUUUCCUAUGCAGAUUGUUCCCCAGUCAAAUGUUCUAGAAUGCAGUAUAUGAAGGUGCUAAUAUUUUAAGUCAAGAUAAUGGUAUAAACAAUCCCUGAAGAUGAUGGGUUUGUGCCUGCAUCUUACAAAAAAGGUGGUACAUUGUGUUGGUUCCAAACUUAUUUUCAGUCUAAGAAAUUAAAUAAAUAUUGUGAAGUUCCUCAUUGCAGGAUACCCUUCCAGAAUCUAUAGGAUUUGUUUUUGUUUUCUAUACAAUAAGAAACUGAAGUCUAUGCAAGAUUAAUGAAGGUUUUGUUUAGAAGGAGGAUAGACUUUGUUUUAUUCAGUAAACAGUUUUCUUCCUUUGUAUAUUCUUGUAAAGAACUUAAAGGAAAUGCUGAAAAUAGCAAAUUGAAAUGGUAGAGCACUAUAGCAGCAGCAUAUUUAAAGUACAAUAUGGAUGAAGUAAUACAAGCAUACAAGAAAUUCUCAUUUCAAGGAUGGGGGAAAAGCUUGUGUCCAGUGAGGUAACAGUGGGAGAUUUUUGUUUCUUUUUGGGGUGUGUUUUCUGGUACUUUGGGUAGAAACAGAGAAACAAGAGAGUUUUCCUAAAGAAAUCAAAAAAAGCAGAAAAUUUAAUUUUCCAGUAUACUUACCUUGAAUGAUCAAAGCCUUUCAUUGAAACACAGCUUCUCUUACUGUCCGAAUCUGUUUUCCUGAUUUAUGUUAUUCUAGUGGUUUUCUAGAUUAAGUUCUCAUUUAUCUUCCUGAUUUUUGAAAAAUAGCACAGUAGAUAUAAUUCUAUUAGUCUUCUUCUUUCGUCUUCAGGGAUUUGUUUCUUUAAAAAUCAGUGCAAUUGAGAAAUCUCUCUAUUAAUAGGGUACAUUUGGAUACAGUGUUGUAAGUGUCUAACACAUUCUUAAUCUCAUCUGUUUGUUUAAUGCUCACCAAGCCUUUCUUGCUAUUC